AUGGCGGACGGUCAUACAAUUGUGAGCUCUGAUGAGAAGUAUGAUUCGGGCAAGAAAUUAAUCAUUGAUCAAGAGAAAUAUACUGAUAAUGUUGUGAAAUAUUUAACAGUAAGUGAUAAAGGCAAAUUCAAAUGGAAUGGUCCCUUCCAAAGCCUAAAAAUGUUGAUGACCGAAUUGACAAAGAACGAAUCAAAAUGGUCGGCAUCAGGUGGUUAUUGUAAAUUGCUCGAACUAGACGACUUAGCUAUAAGAUGGUAUGCAGACAGUAAGUCGCUUACAGUAAAUGGGAAGUUGAGCGACGAUAUUAAAUCCGAGCUUCGAAAUAUUGCCGGACUAGCACGUCCUGCAGUUGAAGUAACAAGUAAUAACUAUAAAGAAGCCGAACAUGCGGCAAUAAAUACGGGACGCAUGGAUGCACCUGAUAGUAGCUGUAGCUGUAGCUGUGCUUAUAUUAAUGCCGAUAUGGAGGGUAUUAAAUUAGACCUUACAAUUCUGGAAUCGCGGCUGCUUGCUACAUUGUCGGAAAAUGAAUAUGAGUCGGACAUUAACUUGCUUAGGGUAAAAUUAAAAGAAUUGGAAGGCGUUGUGCGGAAUCAAGAUGAAGUUAAUCGCCGAAUUAUCGAGGAGAAUGUAUUUUUUAAAUCAAAGUUAUUAUUCCUCGAGAAGCUAGUGCUUAAUAUGUCCCAAGGCUAUCAGAACAAAGGUAGUGGAUCAGGAACCCAAUUAGCAUUACAGAGGAAUCGCCAACGCGUGACAGUGACCAACUUAGUAGCUUGAAUAAAAAUAGUUUGAGCUCGUCUCGCGGUACUAACGACAGCCUAUCUCGUGAUGGCGAACUAAGUGCUAAUCUAACUGUAAAUAAUAUUGAUCUUCAACAAUCUAUAGUCUCGAAUACUAUUGAUACUGACCCUAGGAAUUCGAGCUUUAACGUUGUUGGAACACGCACACCUCAGGAACAAAAUCAAAUCCCAUUACAUGUUAGACAACAAGCCACUGAGGUGAAUACUAGUAAUAUCGACCUUAGUAACCUGAGUCAACAACCCAAUGACCCGAAUACUAAUGACAUUGACCUAGGGAAUAUUAAUGAGUCGCCUUCAAAGCAAAUACUAGUACCGAGUAAACAGAAAAAAGAUACUGGUACAUUAGUGAAUAGAACCUCGAAGCCCCUAAAAUCACAACUUGAAAAGGAAGAUAAUAAUACUGGAAAAAGCACUAUACCCUGCCCAUUUCUUAAGCGUCGAGGGUGGUGCGCAAAGGGAAGGCGUUGCGAUUUUAAACAUCCACGUGGUGAAAAAAAACAUUUGGUGCCCUGUCCCUUUUUGCAAAAUCGAGGCUAUUGCUUAAAGGGUAGCGGGUGUGAUUUUUCCCACAGUACCAAUCAUAACAGAACGGCAUCACGGCCUGUUAAUAACCAUCCCAACCCACCUUUUUUUUCUUACCAUCCUUACCAUCGUCCUCCUAUGGUCCCACAUUUAAGAACACACGGAAUGAGUGUCAACCGAAGUCCUCAAAGUUACUCCCAGUUUGCUCGGUUUUUUCAACAUUGCCCGAAAACCUUAAUGGAAAUCCCUGUCCAACCUCCGUUUACCUUCGCCUUCCGCGAAAGUUAUUAA